AUGUCCACCGCUGAAUUUGCUCAACUAUUGGAGAACAGUAUUUUAAGUCCCGACCAAAACAUUCGGUUGACUAGUGAAACUCAAUUAAAGAAAUUAUCUAAUGACAACUUUUUACAAUUUGCAGGGCUUUCUUCGCAAGUACUUAUCGAUGAGAAUACAAAGCUAGAAGGACGUAUCCUAGCGGCACUAACUCUAAAGAAUGAGCUGGUUUCUAAAGACUCCGUGAAGACCCAGCAAUUUGCACAACGUUGGAUUACACAAGUUAGCCCAGAAGCCAAAAACCAAAUCAAAACUAAUGCGCUCACCGCGUUGGUCUCCAUAGAACCCCGUAUAGCAAAUGCUGCAGCUCAAUUGAUUGCAGCUAUAGCAGAUAUUGAGUUGCCCCAUGGCGCAUGGCCAGAACUGAUGAAAAUUAUGGUCGACAAUACAGGUGCAGAACAACCAGAAAAUGUUAAGAGAGCCUCUUUAUUGGCCUUAGGAUAUAUGUGUGAAAGUGCUGACCCUCAAAGUCAAGCCUUGGUUUCUUCAUCAAACAACAUCUUAAUUGCUAUUGUCCAGGGUGCGCAAUCUACGGAAACUUCCAAAGCAGUCAGGCUGGCAGCUCUGAAUGCUCUUGCAGACUCUUUAAUUUUUAUCAAAAAUAACAUGGAACGUGAAGGUGAAAGAAACUACCUUAUGCAAGUCGUCUGUGAAGCUACCCAAGCUGAAGAUAUAGAAGUUCAAGCAGCCGCUUUUGGUUGUUUGUGUAAAAUCAUGUCACUAUACUAUACAUUUAUGAAACCUUACAUGGAGCAAGCCCUGUAUGCGUUGACGAUAGCCACAAUGAAAUCUCCAAAUGAUAAGGUAGCUUCCAUGACUGUGGAAUUCUGGUCCACUAUUUGUGAAGAGGAAAUCGAUAUUGCCUAUGAACUCGCACAAUUUCCUCAAUCUCCUUUACAAAGUUAUAAUUUCGCUCUUUCUUCUAUCAAAGACGUUGUUCCUAAUUUAUUGAACCUUCUAAUGAGACAAAACGAAGAUCCAGAAGAUGACGAUUGGAAUGUUUCCAUGUCCGCAGGUGCGUGCUUACAGUUGUUUGCUCAAAACUGUGGCAAUCACAUCUUGGAACCUGUAUUGGAAUUUGUUGAACAAAAUAUUACUGCUGACAACUGGAGGAAUCGUGAAGCUGCUGUAAUGGCCUUUGGUUCUAUUAUGGAUGGUCCCGAUAAGGUCCAAAGAACCUAUUACGUUCACCAAGCUUUGCCAUCUAUCUUGAAUUUAAUGAACGACCAAUCCUUACAAGUUAAGGAAACUACUGCCUGGUGUAUUGGUAGAAUUGCUGAUUCUGUUGCUGAAUCUAUUGACCCACAACAGCAUCUUCCAGGCGUUGUUCAAGCCUGUUUAAUUGGAUUACAAGAUCACCCAAAAGUGGCCACAAACUGUUCUUGGACCAUUAUCAAUUUAGUGGAACAAUUAGCGGAAGCUACUCCAUCUCCAAUCUAUAACUUCUAUCCCGCUCUUGUAGAUGGCUUGAUAGGUGCAGCAAAUAGAAUUGAUAAUGAGUUUAAUGCCCGUGCGUCCGCCUUUUCAGCCUUGACAACAAUGGUUGAAUACGCCACCGACACGGUAGCUGAAACUUCUGCUUCAAUUUCCACGUUUGUUAUGGAUAAAUUAGGACAGACAAUGAGUGUUGAUGAAAAUCAACUAACGUUAGAAGACGCUCAAAGUUUACAAGAAUUGCAAUCAAAUAUAUUGACUGUCCUAGCUGCUGUUAUUAGAAAAAGUCCAAGUAGCGUAGAACCUGUUGCUGACAUGCUUAUGGGCCUGUUCUUCAGAUUGUUGGAAAAAAAGGAUUCUGCGUUUAUAGAAGAUGAUGUGUUUUAUGCCAUUUCAGCUCUGGCUGCUUCUUUGGGUAAAGGUUUUGAAAAAUACUUGGAAACGUUUUCCCCCUAUUUAUUAAAGGCUUUGAAUCAAGUAGAUUCUCCAGUUUCAAUUACAGCAGUGGGCUUCAUUGCUGAUAUUUCAAAUUCGCUAGAAGAAGAUUUCAGAAAAUACUCCGAUGCCAUGAUGAAUGUUCUGGCUCAAAUGAUCUCGAAUCCGAACGCGAGAAGAGAGUUGAAACCUGCUGUCUUGAGUGUGUUUGGUGAUAUUGCCUCUAAUAUAGGCGCUGAUUUUAUCCCCUACCUAAACGAUAUCAUGGCGUUAUGUGUUGCCGCACAAAAUACAAAGCCUGAAAACGGCACAUUGGAAGCCCUUGACUACCAGAUAAAAGUACUAGAAGCGGUACUAGAUGCUUAUGUUGGUAUAGUAGCAGGACUUCAUGACAAGCCAGAAGCUUUGUUCCCUUAUGUUGGUACUAUCUUCCAAUUCAUUGCACAGGUUGCAGAAGAUCCUCAGCUGUACAGUGAGGAUGCUACCUCAAGAGCAGCAGUCGGAUUGAUUGGUGAUAUAGCCUCUAUGUUUCCAGACGGCUCAAUCAAACAGUUUUAUGGACAAGACUGGGUUAUUGAUUACAUUAAAAGAACUAGGAGUGGCCAAUUGUUUAGUCAAGCUACAAAAGAUACUGCAAGAUGGGCCAGGGAGCAACAGAAGCGUCAAUUAUCUUUAUAA